AGACAUAUUUGCUAAAUAAUCCGACAUAUUGAGUUUGACGUUUCUACAUUGCAAUUUUGCCCGAUUUUACUUGCAUUGAUACCAUUACUAGAUUUGUCGAUUAAGAUUUUUUUCCAUCAUGGAUGAAGAAUACGAUGCCAUUGUCUUGGGUACAGGCUUGAAAGAAUGCAUAAUAAGUGGAAUGCUUUCCGUGUCCGGAAAAAAAGUUCUUCACAUUGAUCGCAAUAAGUAUUACGGAGGAGAAUCUGCGUCGAUUACCCCAUUAGAAGAUUUAUUUGCUAAGUUCAAUGCCCCUGCACCGGAUGAAACUUAUGGUCGCGGUCGUGACUGGAAUGUGGACCUAAUCCCAAAGUUUUUGAUGGCGAAUGGCUUGCUUGUCAAGCUUUUAAUCCACACGGGCGUCACCCGGUAUUUGGAAUUCAAGUCUAUCGAAGGAAGCUAUGUGUACAAGGGUGGAAAAAUUUCAAAGGUGCCCGUCGAUCAGAAGGAAGCUUUGGCUUCCGAUUUGAUGGGUAUGUUUGAGAAGAGGCGUUUCCGCAACUUUUUGAUCUAUGUUCAAGAUUACCAGGAAGAUGACCCUAAAACUUGGAAAGAUUUUGAUCCAUCUACAGCGAAUAUGCAGUCCCUGUAUGAAAAAUUUGGGCUGGAUAGAAACACACAGGAUUUCACAGGGCAUGCACUAGCCCUGUAUCUUGAUGACAACUAUUUGCAACAGCCAGCCAGUCAAACAAUACGACGUAUAAAACUAUAUUCUGAUUCAUUGGCGCGUUACGGUAAGUCACCUUAUCUAUAUCCUAUGUAUGGUCUUGGUGAACUGCCUCAAGGGUUUGCACGUUUAUCUGCAAUUUAUGGAGGCACUUACAUGCUGGAUAAACCUAUUGAUGAGAUUGUCCUUGGUGAAGGAGGUAAAGUUGUUGGUGUGCGUUCUGGCAAUGAAAUAGCAAAAUGUAAACAAGUUUACUGUGACCCUAGCUACGUUCCUGACCGUGUGCGCAAGAAGGGGCAAGUAAUAAGAUGUAUAUGCUUGUUGGAUCACCCAAUAAACAAUACUAAGGAUGCACUUUCUACUCAAAUCAUCAUACCGCAAAAGCAAGUGGGAAGGAAUUCUGACAUUUACGUUUCUGUUGUAUCUUAUACCCACCAAGUGGCAGCUAAGGGUUGGUUUGUUGCUAUGGUCUCUACUACAGUCGAAACCACUGAUCCAGAAUCUGAAAUAAAGCCAGGCAUCGAUCUGCUGGGUCCAAUCAGACAGAAAUUUAUUUCUGUGACAGACUAUUAUGAACCUAUUGACGAUGGAAGCCAGAGCCAAAUCUUUAUUUCCGAGUCUUAUGAUGCUACUACUCACUUCGAAACUACUUGUCUAGAUGUGCUUAAAAUUUACAAGAGAGGUACUGGUGAAGAGUUUGAUUUCUCUAAAGUAAAGGUUGAGUUGGGUGAAGAAGAUCAAUAAUCAUAUAUCAAAUCAUAUUAAAAUAUUGCUUGUUACUUUUGAAAAUUUGUUAAAAACUGGCUUCUAUUAUAUUUAAUAGGGAUUUUUGGGUAUGUGUAAGAGAUUAGGUGAAUGCAGUAGAUAUGUGUAUCACUACAGUGCUCCAGUCAAUGAUUUCUUUCAUUCUUAUUAGUAUAAUAUGCAUAAUAUAAGAUUUGUUAUUUAUAGGGUUUUACCUCUCCAUAAUAAAGAUGCUUUUAAAAAUAUUAUUAUUUUAAAACAAGCCUAAGGAUUUUAUCUGCAUAAGCAGAUGUUUAUGUAAAUAUUGUUUGCAUUCCAGUUUUGAUACGCUAUAACAGUAUCCAUAUCAUACCAUGUCAACUAAUGAAUGCUCAGUGUACAUCAUAAAUAUUCUUUGUAUGAUCAUGAAUUAAAUUACCUUAUUAUGUAA